UUCAGAUGUUACCAAAUCGUUUUGUGCAGUUUAUAAUGUUCCGUGCAUGCCUGGGAUCUUUAACAGCGUUGUAGUUGUUGGCGGUUACAAGGUUCAGGGUGAAACUUUUAAUUCGAGUAAAAUGACUAAUAAUGGUCAGUGUGUAGUUGGAGAAAACGGUACUGCAACUAGCACAUGGUAUUUUGAUGAUGGAAAUAAUGGAUGGAUUUGGGCUGGUGUAACAAAUGGAGGGAAAG